AUGGCGAGACUGAACGAGCCACCUGCGCCUGUAGAAAGUCACCUCGACAUACUCCGGAGGAAGUUUCUGCGCCAGAAUCGAGACAUUGCGAAAAUCAACUCAGAUCAGUCGCAGAAAAUCCGACGCCUCGAGAAUGAUUGCGCUCGUCUGCUCUCCGAAAAUCUCGAACUCCGAGCCCAAGUACUGCGAUUAGAGAAGGAAGUCGAGAAUAACAGCGCACGGAGGAUAGCUGACCAUGCCCUCGAAAUCAAGGCCAAGCUCGAGGCACAGCUGUCCGAAUUCGGGUCGCUGCUCAGCAGCUUGGGCAUGGAGCCGCCUUCCAAGAGACAUUUAUCCGAGGGUCGAAGAAUUGCGAAGCCUCGCCACAGUAUGACCAGGAGCCCACCGCAAAGGAAACGGCGCGAGACGCCGGCGGAUGCAGAGGCUCUUGCUGAGCAGGAGGGGAGGUUACCCCCUAUCUACGAGAACAAGAGCUACCCGCGGGUGACCAUGAAUAGCGAGGAAAUCCUGGCAUUGUGUGCCGCCGCCGCCGAUACCACCGACUCCCCUGAGUUAGGGCCACCGCCGGUUUCUCGCUUUGUCGAGGAAGAGCACAAUAAGCACAAUUCGCCUACAAGGAUAUCCGGGAUGGAUAUGCCCGAAAGUCCAAAUCAAUCGCCCUCUCCCAAACGCGGUAAUGACGGGGUAGCUUCUAGCAGUCCGGAACGAAGUAAAGAAUUGGACCAUUCUAUGCUCACUGACGCCAACCAGGAAGUUAAAGCAGCUUCCCCAAGGCAACCAAUGCCGAAACCGACACCGCAGGCAACAAAGGCAGGCACCAAGAGGAAGUUCGGGGAUGAGACUGAGCGUACUGAGAUGGCGGGGACAGGGCUUGGAAAGGAGAACACCAUUAACGCUGGGAACGAAAAGGCUGCCACUGGCCGUGGGAACCAAAAGAGGAGGAGCAUCAAAGAAAUACCGGCCAAUAGACGGGAAAAGGCCGGAGGCGCGAGAACUCCGCUCGGCAUCAAAAGCACCAACGAGGACAUGUCCUCGCCGCGGAAGGGCACGAAGGGCUUUGCAAUGAUGGAGGGUAAGAAGGAACAGUCAGAGUCAAAGGAUUAUGUGGCGAAGGAGACAAGCCAUCCAGAGAAACCCCUGCCAAAAAUUGAAAUACCGCCACCAGAGCCGCCAGCGGUCAUCACCGUGAUGCUCGAACAAGAGACCGUUCUCCCGUCCGCGACGCCGAGCUCUCCAACUACCCCAGAUCGCCUUGCAAGGAAAGACAUGCAACACGAUACGCCCCCACCGGCAGACAUAUCCUCUAACGGCGAGACUUCGCGUCCCAGCCGCCGUGCGAGGCCGGCGAUUAGCUAUGCGGAACCAAACCUGCGGGACAAGAUGCGGCGACCAACCAAGGAGCUAUUCGAUGCAGUUUCUGGAGAGGGCAAGUUUGUUCAUCGCUUGGCGGCACCCACAAAGCCAGAUGAACAAAACCCGGGCUCGGUAAGGAAAGCCAACUCAGAAGCCGGAAGUUCGAUCAGCAGCAGCAAGAAACCAUUACCGGCAGGGGAAACAGCGUCCAGGGCACAAGUCUUGAGCCCCCUAGGGCAGAAGGAUGACUUGCCGGAUUCCUUACCCAGCACAGUCGUCACAGAGAGACGGAAGCGACCAUCGGCUGUAGGCGUCGCCGGCAGCCGUGAGUCUAUUAACUUAUCAGAUGGGCCGGACAGCGCACGCGCUGAAACCUUAUCAUCAUUGACCAUUACUGCCCAUAACCCGGAAGCAACAGUUUCCGGAGCAACGGGGAGCAGCAGUAAACGUGCUCGCGGUGCCACGACCCCAGCCACCGAAUCGCAGCACCCUUCAGCAGUCGUGGCCGCAGCUGUGCAAUCGGUUCCGGACAUAUACGACUUUGCCAGCUCAUCUUUCGCCUCCGACAACGCCACCGGCACCAUUGCGGACUCUCCCGAUGCAUACAAACCGGCCACCACAGCCCACAGCAGCGGCAGCAACACUACUACUUCAAGAUCCAGAACGGCAAGGAAAUCGUCCAUGGCUGCGGCUGCUGCGAUGAGAGAGAUGCUAGACGAUCAGGAGCUGGACGAAGGCGAGGGUUGUCCCGCGCUCAAGCCACGGUCCUCGUCCUCUUCGAGCGCGCGCAAGAGGGCGUCUAUGCUGGCUCCGAAGAAGACGGCUUUGAUGGAAGCUGUGGGGGAGGCACAAGAAGAUGAGGGUAGCACGAGGGAUAAAAUCUCAAGGAGGAGGAGUAUGAUGUUAUGA